AUGAACCAAGUAACGCAAAGGGCUAUAAUAGCUGCCACAAGCAGAAAUAUGGCAACAACGGCUGAUUACUUCGGAGGUACCAUUAGAAAGAGGCACAAGAAACCAUCAUACCUUCGAACUGUGCCCCCAGUCACACCUACUGGGGGAAGAUUUACAGUUACUAUGGUUCCAGGGAUUGGGGCCGGUCCGCAGAUGAUGAAGCAAUUGAUGAAAGUCUUCGAAGCCGCAGGAGCUCCCAUAGACUUCGAAGUUAUAGAGGACAUAAAGGCGACCAAAAAUAUUAUAUCUUCGAUCAAAAGAAACGGAGUCGCGAUAAAAGGUCAUAUUCCCGAAUUACCUGACCAUGCUUCCAAUACUACGUUACGAACGCUUCUCGAUUUGUACACCUACAAAGUUCACAUUCGAAGUUACCCCAACGUCAGGAGUAAGAUAGAUAAUUUAGAUGUGUACGUAUUUAGGCAGAAUAUAGAAGGCGAGUACGCUAUGCUGGAGCAUUCUCCGAAACCGGGCAUAGUGGAGAGUUUGAAAAUUAUUACCAGAGAAACGACCGAACGAUUCGCGUACUGGGCGUACGGUUUCGCCAGGAAACACAUGAGGAAGAAAAUAACGAUUAUUCACAAAGCAAACAUUAUGAAAUUAGCCGACGGUCUGUUUUUGAAGACGAUCCAGCACAUAGGAAAGGAAUUCCCGGAUAUUAAAACCGAGAACAUGAUCGUCGACAAUUGCUCCAUGCAAAUAGUCAAAGACCCGCACGCUUUCGACGUGCUGCUCACUCCCAAUUUGUACGGGAACAUAGUAAUUAGCAUAUUUUGCGGGCUAAUCGGAGGCCACGGCCUGAUUUCGGGAGAAAACAUCAGCGACGAUAACGCCGUUUUCGAAGUCGGACUCAGACAUAUAGCACUUCAAGAUCCAGUGUAUUUCAAUCCCAUCGCCAUGUUGAACGCGGGGGUCGAGAUGUUGCUCUAUUUGAAGAAAGAUGCUUACGCGAAUUUGAUAGCAGAGGCGGUGUACUCGACUUUAGUUGAAGAUAAAUGCCACACGCCGGAUUUGGGCGGUGAAGCUACCAGUAGCGAUGUUGUCAAUAACGUAAUUUGUCGUAUGAAAGAAACGCUGAAUAGAGAGCCUCUACCGAGUAUAUUUCUAUAG